GGACCCUCAUGCAGUACCAAAGAUGUGAUAGGGGAUGAGUUACUCGAUGCCGUGAACGCCGUGGUAAACGAUCUUCACAAAGAUGAUCCUGAAGCGAAGAAAACGUUCGUAGCUUUGAUAUCGCACGAAAAGGCGACGUACGAUGAGGCCACCGGUGCUCAAAUGCAAGAGAUGCUUGAUGACAAGGCCAUUCAGGGAUUACUCAGUUCCGUGGCUGCUGAUGCAAAAGCAUCUAGUGCCAUACCUAAUAGGUUUGUCCAGGAACGGCAAGAACGUCGUGGGCUAUUGCUUUUGAGAAAGGAAAUUUUCUACCAGGCUGUUCAGAGCGGUAUCAAAUCUACAGAAGCGCAGAAGUUGGCUGAGAAUGCUGUUGCGGAGGCACAGGAACGAAUAGCUGCUCAAAGAAAAGCACAGUUAGAAGGUAUAGAGGCUUCGAAAGAAGCCGAGAAACAGCAAAAAGUGAAGCGAGCCGAAGAAGAGCAACGGUUCUAUGACUAUGCUUAUCAAAUGGCUGAAAAAAUGUUGUAUCAUGAUGACGUCCUUGGUGAUGGUACCAAGGCUCGUAAAACAAUCAAGCCGGACCCAGCAGUGCCAUCAUUACUAAAAGGAUCAAAACGGCUUGGAAUAUGGAAGAACCUUGAAGAAUGUCAGGAUCAUAGUCUUGGAUUCUGGUCAGAAUGGGAUCUCAGGGCCGCCAGAAUCAUCAACCAAUCCCUUGGACCGGAGAAUUCAUUCGAAGAGCAGAUACAGUGGACCGAACAAGGAAAACAAUGGCCUUAUCCUAUCGAUAAUGAAUAUAUGCUGGGACCAGAAGCAGAGGUUCCAUUUUAUGAUCACAUUUUCUUGGAAAGACAUCUUGCUGGUCUUGGACUGCCUAAAGAUGGUCCUAUUGCUCACUUCAUGGAGUUGGUAUGUGUUGGUAUGUCAAAGAAUCCAUACAUGACGAGAGAGAAGAAAAUGGAAAACUUAAACGCGUUUGCAGAAUUCUUUAAUGAGGAAAAACAAAAACUCAUCAAGAAAUUGCAUGAAGAAGAGCAGCUAGCCGCACAGCAAGCUUAG